GAACAGGGGAAGAAGACGACGAUGAUGUUGCAAUCAAUAGGCAGCAGAAACAGAAACAGAAACAGAAACAAACGCUUUUCUUGUUGCGACUCAUGAAGUGGUUAUGUCAAAGGUUUGGGCGGUUUCACGGUUCUCUUUGCCCCCAACAACCCCUCCUUUCCCUCGACGGUUAACAACCCUUUCCUUAAAUCCUCCCACCGCAUCCAUCCAUCUCCAUCCUCGCCACCCAAACCCAACAGCAAUCCCUUACAGAUCCGCCACUCUCCCCCAACACUCCAUCAUCCUUGUGUGUUUCGGGCAAAACAUGAAAGUCACCAGCGUCGACGGCGUCGACCGAGUGAAGGGCUCGUGGAGCCCGCAGGAGGACGCCACCCUGAUCAAGCUCGUUGAGCAGCACGGCCCCCGCAACUGGUCCCUCAUCAGCACCGGCAUCCCCGGCCGGUCGGGGAAGUCCUGCCGCCUGCGCUGGUGCAACCAGCUCAGCCCCGCGGUGCAGCACCGGCCCUUCACCCCGCUGGAGGACGCCACCAUCGUCGAGGCCCACAAGGUCCACGGCAACAAGUGGGCCACCAUCGCCCGCCUCCUGCCCGGCCGGACCGACAACGCCAUCAAGAACCACUGGAAUUCGACCCUGCGCAGGAAACGCUCAGGUGAGCGGUCGUCCACGUCGUCCGAGUCCAAUUCCGGGAAGCAGAACCCAAGCCACGACACCGCGGCCGAGUCCGAGACCGACUUCGAGAUCAAGAGGCAAUGCCUGUGGGUUCUGCCCGAUGAGAAUAGUCGUGACGGAGAUGUGAGGCCGCCAAAGGGGCCGAGGACUUCACUCACACUCUCUCCGCCAGGAGAGAGCCUCAUAGCUGCACUGGAAGGCGAGAAGGCAGGACCGAAUCACGACGACGGAGAUCAAGAACCAGCGCUGAAGCGAAAUGGGGACGUGAAGGGUGCAGCAGCAGCGAUGGACGAUAGUUGCUUGGUGAUGAUCAUGAAGCGCAUGAUCGCGGAGGAGGUUAGGAAGUACAUUGAUACAAUGUGCACGCAACAAGGAGUUUCAUCAGGAGUCCAGAAGCCGGAAUCUUCAUCAACCGUUAAAGACCCGUGAAGGCAUCAUUUUGAUUCUUCUUAGCCGUCGGCUCUAGUGUUUUGGGUCAUUUCCUUUAGGUUUUGCUUUGGUUAAUCAGAGGAAUAACAUGGACAUAAUUAUACAUUUUGAGAGUUCACCAGUGCAGGCCCGUAGUUAUCUU